CUUGUUGCACGCAGCGCGCACAGGAAACCUCAGACUGUCGAGCUCAUCCUGCAAAUACCCAGAGUCUCCUCAGAUCAACUCUUGUUCCUCAAAGUUUUUACGAACCAUCAGGCUGCUUCCACUUCUUCAGUGAGCGAGGCUGAAGCGCCUGGACUGAAACCCAUCACAGUCCCAUCACUAGUGUCCAUCAUGUCUGGAGAGGAGGCUCCAACUCAGCAGAUGAAGGAGAAGACCCCGGAGCUCUUCUCCUGCCGGGCCCUGGUGCUGACGGGUCACGGCGGCUACGACAAAGUGAAGCUGCAGGCGAAGAGGCAGGCAGAACCGAAGCUGGGGCCCGGGGAGGUGCUGCUGCGCGUCAAGGCGUGCGGGCUCAACUUCGCCGAGCUGCUGGGGAGACAGGGGCUGUACGAGCCGCUGCCCCCUCCUCCGGUCACGAUGGGGAUGGAGGGGUCCGGGGUCAUCGAGGCCGUGGGGGAGGAGGUGAAGGACAGGAAGGUAGGAGAUCGUGUCAUCGCGAUGAGUCGUUCCGGUAUGUGGCAGGAGGUGGUGGUCGUGCCCGCUGACCUCACCUUCCUCAUGCCCGAGGAGAUGAGCUUCGAGGAAGGAGCCGCUAUCCCCGUCAACUACUUAACGGCCCACAUGAUGCUGUUUGAGAUGGCCAACCUGAAGCCGGGCAAGAGCGUCCUCGUACACAUGGCUGCAGGUGGUGUGGGUAUCGCUGUCACCCAGCUGUGUCAGACGGUGCAGAAUGUGACCGUGUUUGGCACCGCGUCAGCCUCCAAACACGAGACCAUCUCCCAGGGCGGCGUAACUCACCCCAUCGACUACCGUACCAAAGACUACGUGGAGGAAAUCCACAAAAUCAGCCCAGAGGGUGUGGACAUCGUCCUUGACCCGCUUGGUGGCACUGACACCCAGAAAGGCUUUAAUUUGUUAAAACCAAUGGGAAGUCUGAUAGUCUUUGGCGCAGCCAAUUGUGUGACAGGCCAGAAGAGGAAUCUGCUGGCGAUGAUGAAGAUCUGGUACAACCAGCUCACCCUCAGCACCAUGAAACUGAUGCAGACCAACAAGGCCAUCGGUGGCUUCCACCUCGGCUACUUAACCGACCAACAGCUCAUCACCAGGACGAUGUCGCAGCUGCUGGAGCUCUACAGGCAGGGGAAGAUCAAGCCCCGCAUUGACUCCUGCUAUCACUUCGAGGAGGUAGCAGACGCGAUGCGGCGCAUGCACGAGCGCCAGAAUAUCGGGAAAGUCAUUCUUCUCACCGAACCCAAGAAGACGGAAGCGAAGCCUCAGCCUGACAAAGAGAACGAGGCCCCAGAGGAAGUUAAAGAAGAGAAGGAUUGAGUGUUUAUCUGAGUGAGGUUUUCAAACACUUCUCAACAAGGUUCCCAAGGUUGUUUAAAAAGGAAAGAAAAGAGAAGAAAAGCAAGAUGCAAUUCUUUGUCAGUAUUUUUAAAUGUUUAUAAAGAUUUAUUGUGUGAUAUUUCUGUAGUGUCUAUGUUUUUAACACUUGUGUUUUAAAUAAAAGCCAACAGUGCGCAGCUCAAUGUGCAGACUCAUCAUGAAUUGCAGCUAAUGCAAAAGGUGUGAAGAGAAAGACUGAGUUAUCGCUCAGUCACAAGUACGAACCACUCUUAUUCAAUUAUUCAAUAAUCUGCUCUUAAAAAUGCAUAAAAUAAAAAAGACCAACGAAGCCCUUCCAUAAAAGGUUUACCAGGAAUUUAGAUUUAUUUCAAUUCAACACUGAGUAGAAUGUUUUAAAUGUUUUCAGAUUUCUGUAAGAUCUUAGAAAAAGAUUUCACUAUUCUUAGGGUGAUCACUGGUCCUUCAAAAUAAAUUAAAUUCAACUGUACAAGUACGAGGCCUUAAAAAGUAUUAAAUGAUCUUAAAUUCAGAUUCACACCGCGUAAAAAAUGUCUCUACUCUGUCAGACGAAAGCAGAAGAAUUACCAGUUGCAUCAUCAAGUUUAUGUGUUGAACUAAUCUCUUGUAGCCAGCCUGCGAGUCGGUUUAUCAACAUGGGGAAAUGUACGUUUCUGUGUUGUGUGUCUUUCUUGAAUCAAUGAGGAUCUUGGUCUUCGGUCUUCAGUCUGAUUUGAGGUUAAAAAGUCUUAAAUUGAACUUGUUUACGUCUGUAGACAGCCUGUGUAUGAACUGAAGAAGAGUUAUUACAGUUUAACAUUGUGAUGCAUGUAAAAUGUUGUCUGUGCUGCUUUAAACAAACUGGCUUGUCAAACAUGUCAAGAAAAUAUC